AUGUAUCAUCUAAGUGCGAUUGAACAAGUUCAGGUUAAGGCGGAAGAAAAUGCUAACUCCACAGAAGACAAUGUAAGCGCCUCUGAUGUUGUUGUUGAACCAAUUCCGGAAGGAUUACUUACGGAGGAUAUCGAUAAAUGUAAUUGCAGAUGCGGGGAGCGCAACGAGGCCUCCAGAAUCGUAGGCGGUGUAGAGACAGCCGUAAACGAGUUUCCCUGGGUGGCCAGACUGACGUACUUCAACAAGUUCUACUGUGGAGGAAUGCUCAUCAACGACCGAUAUGUCUUGACUGCAGCUCACUGUGUCAAAGGACUAAUGUGGUUUAUGAUAAAAGUAACAUUAGGUGAACACAAUAGAUGCAACAAGACCCAUAGACCUGAAACCCGCUAUGUGAUAAACGCUCUUGCCCAUAAUUUUACAUAUCUGACGUUCAGAGAUGAUAUAGCGGUAUUAAAACUGAACUUAAGGGUUCCAAUAUCUGACACUAUUAAACCGGUAUGCCUGCCUCAUAGUGAUGGUGAGUUCGCAUUUGACUGCUUCAUUGGAGUUAAAGCUAUAGCAGUAGGAUGGGGAUCGCUGGGUGAACAACAAAAUCAUUCUUGCAAUCUACUGGAUGUGGAAUUACCGAUUUUGAGCAACAAACAAUGUAGGAAGACUAAGUAUGAGCCUACUAUGAUCGUGGACGAUAUGCUCUGUGCUGGAUAUCCUGAAGUCGGAGCUAAGGAUACUUGCCAGGGUGAUAGCGGUGGACCAUUAUCCGCGGAAAGAGGUGAUAAGCGCUACGAAUUAUUAGGUGUGGUUUCAUGGGGAAUCGGUUGCGGUAGACGAGGAUAUCCAGGAGUCUACACAAGAGUCACAAAAUACUUGAACUGGAUCAAACACAACGCUCGUCACGGCUGUUUUUUUUGGCUUUGCUUGCGUGCCGGUACUCUCAAUGAGAAUACAAAGAAGAUGGCUCACUCAGUACAUAUAUACGACUGCUUAAAAGAGAUCUUAAUGAAACUAGAAACAACUGAAACCACGAAAAGGUCAGAGCGGUGGACUAAGGAUAAACAGCCAGACAGUUUUUGCAAUACUUUUUUGUAUUUUGAAUGGUCAAGAGACCUUAAGUGUGAGGUCCCUAGAGCGCCGCUCCGACUAUACACUUAUAAAAUGAAACCUAUAUUGUGUGUCUUACUUUGUUUAACAUUCGAAUUUGUUUCUUUAAAUAAAGUAAACAACUCAUGUGAGUGUGGUAUCGCGGGAAAGAACCGACGCAUCGUGGGUGGUACCACAGUCCAGCCUCAUCAGUAUCCUUGGCUAGUUGCCCUUAUGUUGGGGUCAAAGCUCCACUGUGGGGCAGCUAUUAUCACGGAUCAACAUUUAUUGACAGCAGGCCAUUGCAUUACCUUUGGGGUCCAUUAUAAAGAUCUCUCGGCGUACAUCGGAAUGCAUGAUCGCUUGGGAUCGUCACACUCCGUGCUUAGUAUAGAAAACGGCGUAAAGCAUCCGAAUUUCACUUCGAAUGCUGUGCGCGACAUCAACGACAUUGCGGUGCUGACGAUGGAGGAAAAAAUUAAGUUUUCUGACAAAGUGCGACCAAUAUGUUUACCCAGUUCAGAUAUGGACUUCCGUAAUCUAGCACUCAGGGUUGCAGGAUGGGGAAAAACGAGACAAGGUGCUCUCACUUCCUCGCGUUUUUUGCUGGAAACCAAAGUUAAAAUUGUACCAAGUUCAACAUGUACUAAAUCCGUUAUAUAUAGAGACAAUCUUGUUGCGGAUUCAAUGAUGUGCGCUUACAGUCUGGGGAAAGACGCAUGCCAGGGGGAUAGUGGUGGACCAAUUUUCUCCACACAUUCGCGGACCCAUAACAAGAAAUGGUACCAAGUUGGUAUUGUUUCAUGGGGCAUUGACUGUGCUAUGCCAGAUUAUCCAGGUGUUUACACAACCGUCGCCAAAUAUAUACAGUGGAUAAAACAAAUGACGCAGGAUGGAAUGUAUUGCAAACCCUACAACAUGUGGCAUAAAUUAAUGUUACUUGCCAAUUUGCUUCAGAUGCAGAGCAGUGUUUCGGGUGGAGGUUCUCCUCCAUGCGAAUGUGGCAAGCCAUCCGAUGACAUAGUGUCAAUGAGAAUAGUUGGAGGAAGGAGGGUUGUACCUCACUCUUACCCCUGGACUGUGGCAAUAACAAAGAAUAACAGCAUGCAUUGUGGGGGCGCUAUGAUCACUGACAGGCACGUAUUGAGCGCUGGUCAUUGUUUCAAAUGGGAUGAAACAUCAAAUAUGGUGGUUCUUGUCGGCCUAAACAAUGUCGAUGAUCUAUCAAAUGUUGAGAAGAGAACUAUAUCGCAUGUCGUCAUUCAUGAAGGAUUCACUUCCACAGCGGUACGAGACGAAAACGACAUAGCGAUCGCUACAUUAAACAAACCUGUACCAUUUAAUAAAAAUAUUAAGACGAUUUGUUUACCGAACCCAGGACAAGACUUUGGUGGAAGAACUGGUAUAAUAGUCGGUUGGGGACGCAUGGGUGUAGACAAAUCCGCCUCAAAGGUCCUAAUGAAAGCCAGUCUCCCUAUUCUCACGGACCAAGAAUGCUUGAACUCUAAACUUAAGAAAUAUUUAAAGCCAACAAUGAUGUGCACUUUUUCAAAAGGAAAGGAUGGUUGCCAGGGUGAUAGUGGAGGUCCUCUUCUGGUAUUCGAUACGGACGGCAGAUAUGUCCAAGCAGGAGUUGUAUCAUGGGGAAUAGGGUGUGCUGAUCUCAGAUAUCCAGGUGUUUACACGAAAGUUAGUCAUUACAUCGACUGGAUAGAGGAACAUUCUUCUAGUGGGAAGACUUGUGACUCAUAGUCAUUGGUACUUUAAUAAAAAUAAAUAUA